UGCUCUGAUUUUUUUCAUCAGGAUGAAUUUUCAGCAAAAUGUGCUUUCUCUUCACACGUAUGCUGUAUAGCCUUGGGCUUAUAUAUGAUACAGUUUUACUUCAAGUGAAAAACGGAGUGAAGAAGAGUCUUUUCUCAGCUUUAGCUGCAGGUGUUCGUUGAUGAUGAACUCCAGUGUCCCUUUCCAGGAGUUGGAACUGAUCCUUAAUGGUCCCUUCCAACCCAAGACAUUCUAUGACUCUAUGAUAACUACACCUUAUUUUCUUAUAAUAUUUUAGGAUCCUUAGAUUCACCUGACUGUGAGAAUCGUUCACUCUGAUUUUAUUAAAAAUGUAUUAUGCUUUGCUAAAUAACUUUGCAACGUUGUUUUUCUUCUUUUCCUUAUUUUUAAUUCAUUAGGCUCUAGUUACCUCUAUGUGCCAAUUGAAUUAAUGUUUAACUUCAAAGGAAUAACACAAAACAUGCUUUGAGACUUGAACUCCACUUGCCUUGUUACAGCCUUGUAAGAUACAGAAAAAGCUUGAAUCAUUCCAUUAUUUUAUCAGGUUUUACUCCACUAAUAUACUUCACUAACGUUUGGCUUGCUGCAAAUACAGCACCAGUCUAAUGUUGGUCUACUCAAUAGUUUGAAGGGCAAUGAAUCAAAAAGCACUGACAAAAGGGUAGUAACUCAAAGGAUGACUCUUUGAAGGCUAACAGGGGGAGUGUCCCAAAUGGUCCUGUAUAUAUCACCAAGAGCUCAGAGAAUCUGCGUAGAAUUCAGCUGGCAAGCUGGAUUAUUACGUGCCUCUUUGAAGAUUGUGGGGUAAGUAUUUCUCCAAGUGUAACUUCUAAUUUGUAUUCUUUUAUAUGAAAAAAAAAAGGAAAAAAAAAAGAAAAAAAAAGAAAAAAAAAGAGGAAUAUUAUGUUUAAGAACUUUAAGGUAAGUAUAAGACAGAUAUGGAAAAAACCACAAGUGUAUAUAGUAAUUUUACAUUGCCUUGUCAAUAUGUUUUAUACUGUUUGACUGUCAAAUAGUUUUAGGUGUGCAAAAUCAGUAUUUGUACGCCAUAGUUUAAAUAGGGACGCCUCUGUUUUGUUCAAAAAUCUGGUGUCACAUUAAAGCUGUUCUUUAUCUUUUUUAAGAAUUUUUUUUUUUUUUUUGACUUAAAGCAUUUUUUUCUCAAUCCCACUCUCUGGAGAACUUGAGUGAGGUAGACUAAGAUGAUUCACACAGCCCGUGGUUCCACAGUCAUUAACACGAGACACCUCUCAGGUCACAUAGUGGAACACGUACCCUUAACCAUGGAUAUGCUAUUCCUCCAACUUUAACUAUUCUAGAGAGAGAAGAACAGUAUACAGAUUUCUUGGUCUCAGACUCAAAAAGAAAGAAAGAGAAUGACUGUAGAUUUCAAUAAAUACUCUGAAGGCGUGACCUUAACUUGCAUGGGUAGGACAUUCAUCUGAUUGAACUAAUGCAGCUGUAUAGUGCAUCAAGCUUUACAGCCAAACCCUGCAUUUAUGGCAUAUAUACAUGUGCUUUUUCUCCCUCUCAAAAACAAAACAAAACAAACAAACGAACAAAAAAAAAAAAGCAGAGAUUAAAUGAACAAGAUGGGCAAGAAAGAGAUAGUAUUUGAAUGAUGAGCCAGUAUCUCUUUCUGAAGCCACAUAUCAACAGCACACAGUCAUAUUUCUGUUUGUUUCAGAUAAUACUGAUUUCACAAUGGGGUCCAUCAGUGCAGCAAAUGCAGAAUUCUGUUUUGAUGUAUUCAAUGAGCUUAAAGUUCACCAUGCCAAUGAGAACAUCUUGUAUUCCCCCCUGAGCAUCAUUGCAGCCUUGGCCAUGGUCUAUCUGGGAGCCAGAGGCAACACUGAGUACCAGAUGGAAAAGGUUCUUCACUUUGACAGCAUUGCAGGACUUGGAGGAAGCGUUCAGACCAAGGUACAGAAACCUAAGUGUGGCAAGUCUAUGAACAUCCACAUACUAUUCAAGGAACUUCUCUCUGAUAUCACUACGCCAAAAGCCAAUCAUUCAGUCUACCUUGCCAACAGACUCUAUGCUGAAAAGUCAUGUCCAAUCCUACCGAUAUACUUAAAAUGUGUGAAGAAACUGUACAGAGUAGGUCUGGAAACAGUGAACUUCAAAAAAGCAUCAGAUCAAGCCAGACAGCUCAUUAAUUCCUGGGUGGAAAAACAGACAGAGGGACGCAUCCAAGACUUCCUGGUACCAAGCUCCGUUGAUCUCAAUACUGCACUGGUCCUCGUUAAUGCCAUUUACUUCAAAGGCACGUGGAAGAGAGCCUUCAAGGAAGAAGACACUCGGGAAAUGCCCUUCAGCAUGACAAAGCAAGACAGCAAGCCUGUGCAAAUGAUGAUUCAGAACAGCACGUUUAAGGUGGCCACGGUGGCUGCAGAGAAAAUGAAGAUCCUGGAGCUUCCGUAUGCCAGCGGAGAGCUGAGCAUGUUGGUGCUGUUGCCUGAUGAGGUUUCUGGCCUGGAGCAGAUUGAGAACAAAAUCAGCUUUGAAAAGCUGACACAGUGGACCAAUCCCAGUGUGAUGGAAAGGAGGGUAGUGAAAGUGUACCUCCCUCGCAUGAAGAUUGAGGAAAAAUAUAACCUCACAUCUGUCUUAAUGUCCUUGGGAAUGACGGACUUGUUCAGCCCUUCAGCCAACCUGUCUGGUAUCUCUUCUGCAGAGAACCUAAAGAUGUCUGAGGCUGUGCAUGGGGCAUACAUGGAAGUCAAUGAAGAGGGCAUGGAGGUGGUAGGCUCAACAGGGAUGAUGGGAGACAUCAAGGAUUCCUCUGAGUUCGAAGAGUUUAGGGCUGACCACCCAUUCCUCUUCUUGAUCAAACAUAACCCAACCAACAGCAUUGUCUACUUUGGUAGAUAUUGUUCCCCCUAACACAAUAAAGAGUUGGAAAUAA